AUGGAUGACGUGCUAGCGACUCUAAGGGAAAAGCACCAACUGCCUCUUAUUCAACUCUGGGUUCCCAGCAUGUACAGUUGUCCCGAGGCUGUGAGCAUAGGUGCCGACAAUACAUGCAAUUCCACGAAUGUAGCAAGUAAGAUUACUGAAUUGCUUACUCAUUCGGUGUCUGUUGAUUGGAAUCUGAGGUAUGCUUCAGAGCUUUAUCAAAUGACUUUGAAUGCAAUGUGUUUGGUUGAGGUCGCGAAAGCAUACUCCUUAAAGAAGGCAUGCUUCUUGGCAGACACAAGUGAACUUAGUAUAUCCAGUUACCCUCUCGUUCAUGUGACCCGUUCAUGCAAUCUUAACUCUUCUUUUGCGAUUCCCUGUACUUUGAUUCAUCCUGACAUUCCACCUUUAGUAUUAGAAGUCUUUCUUCCAACCAGAAAAGACUGUGAUGAGAAUCUAGGGAAUCUACUGAAGACAUUAUUGUCAACGGUGGCUCAAGAGCUUUCUGUACAUAAUGCUGAUUUUGGAUUAAAUCAAUAUGAGGAAUUUUAUGUCAAAAUCUCUCACAUGGAUGAUGAUAAAAUUGUUCACCUUGAUGUGAGUCGAAGUGUUGAGAUUGUAGAAACUGAAGACCAGCAGUUUCCAUUAUCAUCUUCUCCUCCACCAACCUCGACAAUUAAUGCUAGUAACAAUGAAAUUGAUGAUGCAACAGCAGGAGAGAAAAAUUCUGAUCUUUCUGAUGCUCUUGUUAUACAAGACAAAGCAGAUGCUUACAGCAAUCUUUCCUUAAAUACAAACAUGGCAAUGACUUUGGACAAUUUGGUGCAACACUCUGGUGAAAAACUUGAAGCCAGUGCUGCAGAACUUGGAGUUGCUCGACCUGCUUUGAAGCGUCUUUGUAGGGAACUCGGUACAUAUUGGUGGCCUCUUAUAAAGAGAAACAAAAUUGGACAGCGGUCAACUGACAAAGCCAGAGAGGAAGAGGCAGCAGUUGCAACUUCUAAUCCCUCGAAUGCAAAGGAUACAAGUGUUGUGCCAGAAAAGGAUACGAUUGAUCACAAGUAUGACAUCGUCAAGGCAACUUACAGAGAUGACAUUGUAAAAUUUCCUGUCUGCAGUAACAUAGGCCUGGAAGCUUUGCGCACGGAACUGGAGGAAAGAUUUGAUUUCAAUGGUGAAAGGUUCAAAAUCAAGUACGAGGAUGGAGGUCAUCUUGUUGAAAAUAAAAAUGCUCUUGCUGAUGAAGGAUCUCGCUCUAAUAUUGUUGAAGGUAAGAAUGGAAGAGUUUCAACAAUAUCCACGAGAUGGUCAGGCUCUUUCAUAAACUCCGAUGAAGCCCUGAAAUUGCCCGAGGACAUUGUUAUUGAUAUUCUAGCGAGGUUACCCGUCAAAUGUUUGAUGAAAUUCCAGUGUGUCUGUAAAGAUUGGUGUGUUGUGAUGAGGAGCCCAUACUUCAAAGAUGUGCAUUUCAACCAUCCAAGUAACAAGGAUAAUUUUGUCAUCCUCAUUAAUCGGAUUAGAGAUGCAUUUGAUGUGGCUGAUGGUGAUCCUGAUCGUGACCUUCACAGUCGUCUGUCGUUCCAUUCAUACCAUCACAAUGAAUCACUCCUCAAAACUGCUCCUGAUCCACCACCAUGUGAACCCCCCUUACACAUUUCUGAUGCUAGCGACGGUGGUGUUGUUUUCAUGUCAAGUUACGAACUUGAUCAUAUCUAUUUGGUGCAACCCGGCCACCAGGGAGAUAACAAGCCUUCCUCCCCGUCCUUUUAA